AAACCGACCCGGUCCAAGUCGUGCCCAACUAACCGUGUUUUCUUUUCUUCUUCUGUUUCUACUCGUCUUCCCUUGACCCUUUUGCCUCAGCUGUCACACAACCAUUUAUCUCUGGAGAAUGAGAAUGCCACGCCCUCCAUCUCCAUUGUAGAGAAGCUCCCCAUUCCUUUCCCUUUUCCAAGUCAAAAUCCAAACAAUUAUCAGCAUAUACUUUCUCUCUCUCAAGAACGUUUCUUUUCCGUCGGAGUCCCAAAAAUUUGGUUUAGUUUUGGUUGGUGGGCAUAGUAAUCUUCAGCAGCUUGGAGUUUUCUGUGUUUCUUGAGGUUUUCUGCUGUUGGGUUUCUCUUUUAGGUUGGCUUUUGGCAGUUACGUUACUUAUUUUGGGGAGAAGAAGAAAGAAACUGACUUUAUUCAGAUGAGUGCAAACAUGGCAUCAUCAAGCGCCGGAGGUCCUGGAUCGGGUGAUGCAGCGCCUCCAAGGAGAAAUUCCAAGCGACCCAAGUAUUCAAGGUUUACCCAACAGGAGCUCCCGGCCUGCAAGCCAAUUCUCACUCCUCGAUGGGUGAUUUCAGCCUUUUUGCUUGUCGGCAUUGUCUUCAUUCCGAUUGGAGUUAUUUCCCUGUUUGCUUCUCAAGAUGUUGUUGAAAUUGUUGAUCGCUAUGAUUCUGUUUGCAUACCAAAAAACUUUACAAAUGACAAGGUCAAGUACAUACAAAGUCCUGGAAGCAAGCCACCAUGCCACAGAAUAUUGAAUGUAACAAAGCACAUGAAGCAGCCUAUCUAUGUCUAUUACCAGCUGGACAACUUUUACCAGAAUCAUCGAAGGUAUGUGAAGAGUAGAAAUGAUAAGCAGUUGAGAGAUCCAUCUAGUGAAAAUGAUAUUAGCGGUUGUAAGCCUGAAGAUUCCAAUAGUAGGGGUGUAAUUGUGCCUUGUGGUCUCAUAGCCUGGAGUCUGUUCAAUGACACCUAUAAUUUCUCCCACAACAACCAGCAGUUGAAAGUGAACAGGAGGGGUAUCUCAUGGAAGAGUGAUAGAGACCACAAGUUUGGCAAAGAUGUUUUUCCUAAAAACUUUCAGAGUGGAGGCCUGAUUGGUGGUGGAAAGCUCGCUUAUAAUGUGUCAUUAAGCGAGCAGGAAGAUCUUAUUGUUUGGAUGCGUACUGCAGCUCUUCCAACUUUCAGAAAGUUGUAUGGGAAGAUAGAGGUGGAUCUUCAGAAGGGUGAUGUCAUAAAUGUCACUCUGGGUAACUACUACAACACAUACAGUUUCAAUGGCAAAAAGAAGCUUGUCCUUUCAACUACUAGCUGGCUUGGUGGAAAGAAUGACUUCCUUGGCAUUGCAUAUCUCACUGUUGGUGGGUUGUGCUUCUUUUUGGCUCUGUCUUUCACCCUUAUCUAUCUCAUCAAGCCAAGGCAACUUGGAGAUCCUACCUUCUUGUCAUGGAACAGAGGCCCGGGAGGGCACUAAACUAAGCAAGCUCAUGGAAUUGGAACCAUAUAUCAUGGCAGUAAUUUUAGGUGUUAAUAUUUAAAGUGGGAAGCUUGAAGGACACAACAAAUUGCAAGUGACUAUUGUGGUGUUGAAUUGCGCUAAAAGCUAGACAUCAGUAAACUAGUAAUUUCAGUAUUGUCUAAGAGCAAGUUCAGUUUCUUUUUGUCACCUAACAAACAGAAAUUCUAGAUGUAUGUACUUUUUUCAUUUCUAUGAAUUAUUAUGAUUUUAUAUCACCCUUAGCAGGAUAUUGGAGAGGUAGGCACCUUCUGGGUAGGAUGGAUCAAUAGGAUGAUCACAGGCUGCUCCUGCUUGUCUCAGGACUGUGAUUUUCCUCCCUGUCAUUGAUGCAGCACCCUGAUUGACAGAGAACUAUGUUAAUCACUAAAAAAAAUGUUGACAUCAA